UUUUAAUUUGGAUAAAAAAAUAUGAAGUUUCACUUAAGUUUAUUGAAUUCCGUUGAUUUUUUGAGUUUAAUUUUUUAUAUCUUGAUUACAACAUUGGAGUUGAAUAAGAUUUCAGAUCAAUUCAUAGGGUUAGCUUUCUCUUUCAAAUUCAGAUUAUUAGAUUGACUUCCUGAUUUUUUAAUGAAAAACUACAAGGCGCCGAAGUUAUUUCUCAUCAGUCAUUAUUCAUUAGUUUUAAAAUUAAGAACAGGUAAGUUCACAAAGCAAAGCUUCGUCAUAGUGAAUUUAAUUAAUCUAAUGUGAACCCUAUUCCAUUUGAAUUAUUCUUCAUUGCAACUUGACAAACUCAAAAUUGGCUCAGGAAAAAUAUUUAGGCAAUUCUGCAGUAUAAUUUUUCAAUUGUCAAAAAAUUGAUACCUGCAUGCCAAAUAGUACAGAAAUUUUCGCAACCACACCAUGCAAACCAUAGCUGUGAUUUCCUUUCUCUUCUUACAUGUCAUGACAGUGAGCUUGGCUGUCAUGCCACAAUACAAUGCCCCGGACUCUAUCUUGCUCAGUUGUGGCGCACCAUCAGACACCACAGAUGAAUCUGAUGGCCGUCAAUGGCAAAGCGAUACCAACUAUCCAAAAUUCAUGCCUUCGAAUUUUUCAAGCAUAUCCAGAACUUCUGAACAAGACCCUUCAGUCACUAGAGUCCCUUAUAUGAGUGCGCGUAUUUUCCAAUCAAAAUUCACCUACACUUUCCCUGUUUCCCCUGGCUCCAAAUUCCUCCGUCUCUAUUUUUACCCCACCACAUACCUUGGCUUCAACAACUCCGAAUCAUUUUUCUCUGUAACAGCUAAUCAUUUUACCCUCUUGAGUAACUUCAGCGCUUUCCUCGAUGUCGCUGCAAGUACCAGUACUAGUAAAGUUCUUCGAAAAGAAUUUGUCAUUAAUGUUAAUGAAUCUCAGAUACUCAAGAUAACGUUUUCUCCUUCACCCAACGCUCAUGCUUUUGUUAAUGGAAUUGAGGUACUUUCCAUGCCCACUAAUCUUUAUGUCCGUGGAGACGGUUAUGACAUCAAAUUGGUGGGGCAGAAUAAGUUGUAUUAUAUCAAUAAUAGCACUGCUCUUGAAACUCUGUACAGGUUGAACGUGGGGGGCAAUUUGGUUCCUAGCACAAGGGAUACGGGGAUGUAUCGUGUAUGGGCUGGAGACGACAUAUUUGUUGUUGGAUAUGACCAUCAAACUUCUUAUUUAGAUGUCGACAUCACUUACAAUUCUGAAACCCCGGCUUAUACUGCACCAACCAUAGUUUACACAACCUCUAGGACCAUCGCCAAUAACAGCCGGAACCUGGAUUGGAUAUUCCCUCUAGAUUCUGGGUUCUAUUAUCUCUUCAGGCUCCAUUUUUGUGAGAUUCAGCUGGAAGUUACGAAAAUUAAUCAACGAGUUUUUGACAUAUUCAUUGGAAACCAAACGGCAGAGCAACAAGGUGAUGUGAUUGCUUGGAGUGGCGCGUGGAGAGUCCCGAUUUGCAGAGACUACGUGGUGUAUGUGAGAGACCCAGAUGGCCGACGAAGCAAGCAAAAUGUGUGGCUUGAAUUGCGUCCUAACAUGAAAACAAGAGCUAUGUAUGCUGAUGCUAUCUUAAAUGGAUUGGAAAUUUUCAAAUUGAGCAAUCCAAAUGGAAAUCUGGCCGUUCCAUAUCCUGAAUUACGCUUAGAAGGUCCAAUCAAGUCACCGAACAACAAUAAUAAAAUGUCAUCACAUAUCAUUGUUGCUAUCAUUUCAGGUGUGACUAGCGCAAUUGCUGUUUUCUCAAUUCUGGGUUUCUUAAUUUUCCGGAGACGAAAUGGGGGAAAAGGUUCUGUUACAAAUGCUCCCAAGUCAUCAGAGUCCACCACGAAAAAGUCAGGCUCAUCAUCACUACCAUCCGAUCUAUGCAGACACUUCUUACUGGAGGAGAUACAAAUAGCAACAGAAAAUUUUGAUGAAAAAUUUGUGAUUGGACAUGGAGGUUUCGGUAAUGUGUACAAAGGGUACAUAGACAACGGCGCAACCAUAGUUGCAGUCAAGAGAUUGAAUCCUUCGUCAAGCCAAGGGGUUCGCGAGUUCCAAACAGAGAUUGAGAUGUUAUCAUCAAAGCUAAGGCAUCGGCAUCUGGUGUCCUUAAUUGGUUAUUGUGAUGAUAACAAUGAGAUGAUCUUGGUUUAUGAUUAUAUGGCUAAUGGCACCCUCCGUGAUCACUUGUACAAUACGGAUAAUGCUCCUCUUCCAUGGAAGGAACGCCUUUACAUAUGCAUUGGUGCAGCUAAAGGAUUGUAUUACCUCCAUUCAGGUACCAAGCACAUGAUCAUCCACCGAGAUGUCAAGUCAACUAACAUCCUAUUAGACGAUCAAUGGGUCGCCAAGGUGUCAGAUUUUGGGUUAUCCAAAGUAGGUUCACUUAGCGGGACAGACGUCACCCAUGUUAGCACUGCAGUGAAAGGAAGUUUUGGGUACGUCGACCCUGAAUACUACAAGCGACAACAAUUGACAGAAAAAUCAGAUGUUUAUUCUUUUGGUGUGGUGCUGUUUGAAGUAUUGUGUGCUAGACCUGCAAUAAUUCCUAACUUGCCAAAAGGGCAAGUGAAUUUGGCAGAGUGGGCUUGUAGGUGCUAUAAAAAGAGGAAUCUUAAACUAAUCGUUGAUCCUAAUUUGGAAGGACAAAUUGCCUCCGAAUGUUUUAGCAAGUUUACAGAAUUGGCAUAUCGUUGCUUGAGGGAUCAAGGAGUCCAAAGGCCAUCGAUGGGUGAUGUUGUAAGGACUCUAGAAUUUGCAUUACAACUUCAAGAGGGUGUAGAUAAUACAAGUCAUGAAGUGGAAGAGUGCAUUUACCCGUCUAGCCCGUCUUUGCCCUUGAUCAUGAAUAAAUCGACCAAUGAAGAUGAGUUUUUUUCAGGUUCAAGUGAAGUUCAAAAUGAGUUGGACAAGCAAUGACAUAUCCAUAUCGACCAGUGUGACAAAAUAUAAACAUCACUAUUUUCUCUGAGAUCGUGAAUUCAUUAGGUCGAUAAAAUUGUUAUGAUCGACACAAUGAAGUUACAUGUAUGAGGUUUUUUCAGAUUUAGGCGAUCACAACGCGGUCCAACUCAGAAAGUAAUGGUUUAUCAUGACUGGCUGUAAUGACAGACAUUUUUUAUAAGAAAUUGAUGAAAUUGUUAUUCAUAAAAA